UACUGGGUUUUGCGCCUUUCUCAGGGGAACCAAGGAAAUAGAAUGUAAUGUGCCUGGAGGGGAGGGGAGGGGUGGGGAGAGGAAGAAAGGCAGCCUUCAGGGUCCACCCUGAGUUUCUGGGCCUCCCACAACCACCCGGGGGGAUUCUUAGAUCAGACCCUAUGGACCUCUGGGAAGGCAGGAAUGGGCCUCAGAGGUCUUUAAGCUGUCCCCACCCAUGGUCAUAUAUAUGUGUAUCUCUGCUCUUCUCUGGGGAGGGGGUUCAUUGACCUUUCAUUUGGUUCUCAUGAGGGUCUCUGGCCCCAGAAGAAAAGACCCACAGCCUAUAUCUAAGUUAAGUGUUUGUUUAUACCAACCUCUCACUCCAUGAGCUCUCCCACCCUUUAUGACCACUCUCUGUCCCUUCUGACCCCAUUCUUCACCCCAUGGCCUCCACUCAGCUUCCAUGACCCCACUGCUAUCUUCUGUCCUAAUCUCUCCCCUUGCCCCUAUCUGCCCCACUGCCUUUGGCCUCUACCACUGCACCCUUGUGCUCCCUCAGCAUCACCUCUCUGCACCCCCAUGGUCCACCUUCUUCCCUGGGACAGUGCCUUGCCUACCUUGUUCCUGGCUUUCUUCACCAAUGACCUGUGCAUAUGGAGAGAGGUUGAGGAUAUGGGAGUAGGGGAAGAGAGAACACUGGGGAAAAGCAGAAGAAGAAAGUGAAAGAAGCUCUAGAGGAAACCACAGGGCCUAUGGGGUAGGGGAGGUGGUUGCCAUGGUAACCUCUGGUAGUGGGGGAAGGGUAAAAGGUCCCAUAGCCUGAGGCCACCCAAAGGAGGAACCCCUUCCCCCCAGUUGCUCUUCCCAGCAGCUAUGCGCCUACAAUCCAGCUGCCAUUUACUGAGCACCUGCUAAGAGAUGGGCACUUUGCUAGGUGCUGUGGCUUCAGUUAGUCUUGUCCCAAAGGAGUGCUCCUGACACAGGAGACAGACCUGUGAACACAGACCUCGCAUCAGUUCCUUCUCAAAGCUCCCUCUGGUCAAGUGUGGGCCAGGGCGAGUAUUUCCACAACCCUGUCUUUCUAUAGGCUUCAUUCUUAAAAACAACUUUUUAAAAUUGAUUUCAGAGAGGAAGGGAGAGGGAGAGAGAGAUAGAAACAUCAAUAAUGAGAGAAUCACUGAUCGGCUGCCUUCUACAUGCCCCCCACAGGGGUUCGAGCCAGUAACCCAGAAUCAACCAGGAAUUGAAACUGGUUCACAGGUCGAUGCUCAACCACAGGGCCACACUGGCCAGACUAUAGGCUUCAUUCUUGCCCCCGCUCCAGCUGCCAUUCCUGCUCGGUAUGCUUCUCCUAGGUGGCCCUUCCACCCCUUUCCAGGCUCCACUACUGUCUGGGCUCCUUGGCCCCGUCUCAUUUUCUGAGCCUGGCCCUGUGCCUCUCUCUCAACUUCCCAGCUGUCUGGACCUUGAAUUUCUCAAAGCCUCUCCACUUUUCACCCCAUUACUUCUCAUUCACUGAUUCUCUCAUCAAGCCCUUAGUAUGUGCCAGGUUCUCUUCUAAACAGCUGAUAUGAAUUAAUCUCAUUUCAUUCUCAACCACCAACCCUAUGAGUUCCACUUGACAGAUGAGAAAAUAGCCACAGGAAGAGUCAAUAACUUACCUAAGGUCCCAAGACUAGUAAGGGAUGCAGACCCAGGAUCUGAAGUGGGGCAGUUUGGCUCCAGAGCUGGUAUAGUCAAGCACCCGCAAGGGUACAGUGGACACGGGGUUUUCAAACUGAACAAUAGUCACCAAUUCCCCCCAGUACUUACUGCCUCCAUAUUUCUUCCUAUCAUGUUCUUAUAUAUACAAGGAAGUGAAGACAUCAUCAACUCUGGAGGCAAUCCCAGAUCAUCCAGUUACUAGCAACGUGACCUUGGGUAGUUUUUACUUUUUACCUCUAAGCCUCUACAUCUGUGAAACUAGGGGGGGCUGGGGAGAUAUUAACACCGAUGUCAUGAGGCUCCUGUGAGGAUUAGUUAUAACAUCAGAAUACACCCAGCACCUACUAGGUGCUCAAUAGAUGAUCUUCCAGAUCCCUAUAUCAUCAACUCUCUUGGCCCAGUUCCACCCUAUCUGCUCCACUUUCUAGAUCAGUCACCCCCACCACCCCCAAGUCUUCCCCACCCCGGGCGUGUCACUUCCUCCUCUGUAGCCUCCCAGAUCAGUACACAAAGGCUGCCGCUGCCGCUGGAGGAAAGGCUGCCCUGCUCGCACCUGCCAUGGUGGCUUUGUCAAUGGUUCUUGUUUUCCUGCUGGUUCUGAGCAGAAGUGAGAGUGAACUAGACGCCAAGAUCUCAUCCCCAGGGGAGGCCACAGAAUGGGGUGAUCCUGAUCUGUCCCUGCUGAGAUCCUGCAAGCCAGCCCCAUCCUGCAAGAAGUGCAUCCUCUCACAUCCAAGCUGUGCAUGGUGCAAGCAACUGAACUUCACAGCGUCAGGGGAGGCGGAAGAGCAGCGGGUGCGGGUCACGCUGCGUCCCGGGGAGCCCCAGCGGCUGCAGGUCCGCUUCCUCCGUGCCGAGGGGUACCCUGUGGACCUGUACUACCUUAUGGACCUGAGCUACUCCAUGAAGGACGACCUGGAGUUCGUGCGCCAGCUCGGGCACGCCCUGCUGGUGCGACUGCAGGAGGUCACCCAGUCCGUGCGCAUCGGCUUUGGCUCCUUCGUGGACAAGACGGUACUGCCCUUCGUGAGCACAGUGCCCUCCAAGCUUCGCCAUCCCUGCCCCACCCGACUGGAGCACUGCCAGCCCCCCUUCAGCUUUCACCACGUGCUAUCCCUGACGGGGGAUGCCAAGGCCUUCGAGCGGGAGGUGGGGCGCCAGAGUGUGUCUGGCAACCUGGACUCACCUGAAGGUGGCUUUGAUGCCAUUCUACAGGCUGCACUCUGCCAGGAGCAGAUUGGCUGGAGAAAUGUGUCUCGGCUGCUGGUGUUCACUUCAGACGACACGUUCCACACAGCUGGGGAUGGAAAGUUGGGUGGCAUCUUCAUGCCCAGUGAUGGGCAUUGCCACUUGGACAGCAAUGGCCUCUAUAGUCGCAGCCCAGAGUUUGAUUACCCCUCUGUGGGUCAGGUAGCCCAGGCUCUCUCUGCAGCAAACAUCCAGCCCAUUUUUGCUGUCACCAGUGCCACACUGCCCGUCUACCAGGAGCUGAGUAAGCUGAUCCCUAAGUCCGCAGUGGGGGAGCUGAGUGAGAACUCCAGCAAUGUGGUGCAGCUCAUCAUGGACGCUUAUAAUAGUCUGUCAUCCACUGUGACCCUCGAACACUCUCCACUCCCUCCGGGGGUCCACAUCUCUUAUGAAUCUCAGUGUGGGGGUCAUGAGAAGAGGGCUGGUGAGCCUGGGGACCGGGGCCAGUGCAACCAUGUCCGAAUCAACCAGACGGUGAGAGCCAGUUGGAAUAGGUAGAAGGGGCCCUGGCCAGGUAGCUCAGUUGGUUAGAGCAUUGUCCCCAAUAUGCCAAGGUUGCGGGUUCGAUCCCUGGAGAUCAUGUUUCAAUUCCCAGUUGGGGCACAUGUCUGGUUGCCGGCUUGUGCAGGAGGCAGAGUAUCCUGGGAAAGACAGGUAAAGGAAUGACCGAACUCUCGGACCCACCUCUCUCCCUUUCUUUCCCCUCCCAGCUGUGACCCAGGCCGCCUGGGUCGACUCUGUGAGUGCUCUGAGUCUGAGCUGUCCUCCCCAGAUCUGGAAUCUGGGUGCCGGGGCCCCAAUGGGACAGGGCCCCUGUGCAGCGGGAAGGGACGAUGCCAGUGUGGACACUGCAGCUGCAGCGGACAGAGCUCUGGGCGCCUGUGCGAGUGUGACGAUGCCAGCUGUGAGCGACACGAGGGCGUCCUCUGUGGAGGCUUUGGCCUCUGCCAAUGUGGAGUGUGUCACUGUCACGCCAACCGCACGGGCAGAGCGUGUGAGUGCAGUGGGGACAUGGAUGGCUGCGUCGGUCCUGAGGGAAGGCUCUGCAGUGGGCAUGGACAUUGCAAAUGCAACCGCUGCCAGUGCUUGGACGGCUACUACGGUGCCCUAUGUGAUCAGUGCCCAGGCUGCAAGACACCAUGCGAGAGACACAGGGACUGUGCAGAGUGUGGGGCCUUUGGGACUGGUGUCCUGGCCACCAAUUGCAGCAUGGCUUGUGCCCAUACCAACGUGACUCUGGCUCUGGCCCCUGUGCUGGAUGAUGGCUGGUGCAAAGAGAGGACCCUGGACAACCAGCUGUUCUUCUUCCUGGUGGAGGAGGAAGCCGGAGGCAGGGUCGUGCUGAGAGUGAGACCCCAAGAGAAGGGAGCAGACCACACCCAGGCCAUUGUGCUAGGCUGUGUGGGGGGCAUUGUGGCAGUGGGACUGGUGCUGGUCCUGGCUUACCGGCUCUCCGUGGAAAUCUAUGACCGCCGAGAAUACAAGCGCUUUGAGAAGGAGCGGCAGCAGCCCAACUGGAAGCAGGACAGAAAUCCUCUCUACAAAAGCGCUGUCACGACCAUCAUUAACCCCCGCUUUCAAGCUCCAGAAAGUCCUCUCUGAAGAGGGUAGGGCUACUCACUCCAGAGUUCUUCUUGCUGGGGGGAUGGUGGGAAUUGGGGCUCUGGGUCUAUCAGGCAGCAGCCUGCUGGGGGACUAAUCACCGCCUACUGUACUUGGACACCCCAGAGGCCGGCCUCCUGCCGCACCCUUGCUUCCCCACCCCUCAAGAAGUGGGGGUUGCCCCAUCCACAAAUACAAUAAAGAAUCUUCAGAUUACAGAUCACUUUAACAAA